GACAGUUUCAAACCCAGGGCAGAUUUUGGCAUGACAAUGAAAGGUGACACGGAGAGCGUACCCAGGGUGGAUCCCUCCAACGGGCACAGCAAGCCCCUGGAGAUCGUCCCUCAGACGGAGGAGAAGAUGAAGGAGAGGGGCCAGUGGAGUAACAAGCUGGAGUUUGUGCUGUCUGUGGCCGGGGAGAUCAUCGGCCUGGGCAACGUGUGGCGCUUCCCCUACUUGUGCUACAAGAAUGGAGGAGGUGCCUUCUUCAUCCCGUACCUCAUCUUCCUCUUCACCUGUGGGAUUCCCGUGUUCUUCCUGGAGACGGCGCUGGGGCAGUUCACCAGCGAGGGAGGCAUCACCUGCUGGCGAAAGAUCAGUCCACUGUUUGAAGGUAUCGGCUAUGCAACGCAGGUCAUUGUAGCCCUGCUGAAUGUCUACUACGUCGUCGUUCUGGCCUGGGGCAUCUUCUACCUGAGCUUCUCCUUCUCGUGGGACCUCCCAUGGUCUUCCUGCAACAACACCUGGAACACAGAAACCUGUGUGGAGUUUCAGAGGAGAAAUGAUUCCGUCAAUUACACCAGCGUUGAAAAUGCCACCUCUCCUGUCAUUGAGUUCUGGGAGCGGAGGGCCCUGAGGAUUUCCUCUGGUAUUGACCACAUCGGCGUGCUGCACUGGGACCUGGCCCUGUGCCUCUUCAUCGCCUGGAUCAUGUGCUACUUCUGCAUCUGGAAGGGUGUCAAGUCUACCGGGAAGGUGGUGUACUUCACCGCAACCUUCCCCUACCUCAUGCUGACCAUUCUCUUGAUACGCGGGGUAACCCUGCCUGGAGCCUCCAGGGGAAUCCAGUUCUACCUGUACCCCGACCUGGGCCGACUGGCUGACCCACAGGUAUGGAUGGAUGCCGGGACCCAGAUCUUCUUCUCUUAUGCCAUCUGCCUGGGCUGCCUAACAGCACUUGGGAGCUACAAUAAGUACAACAACAACUGCUACAGGGACUGCCUGGCGCUGUGCUUCCUGAACAGCGGGACGAGCUUCGUCGCCGGCUUCGCCAUCUUCUCCAUCCUGGGCUUCAUGUCGUACGAGCAGAACGUGCCCAUCUCCGAGGUGGCGGAGUCAGGGCCCGGCCUGGCUUUCAUUGCUUACCCGCGGGCGGUAUCCAUGAUGCCCUUCUCUCCCGUCUGGGCCUGCUUCUUCUUCAUCAUGAUCGUGCUGCUGGGGCUGGACAGCCAGUUCGUCUGCGUGGAGAGCUUGGUGACGGCCGUGGUGGACAUGUACCCCUCCGUCUUCCGCCGGAAGAACCGCAGGGAGCUCUUCAUCCUGGGCGUGGCCAUCGUGUCCUUCCUCUUGGGCCUCAUCAUGCUGACGGAGGGCGGAAUGUAUGUGUUCCAGCUCUUCGACUACUAUGCCGCCAGCGGGAUGUGCCUCCUCUUUGUGGCCAUUUUCGAAACCGUCUGCAUCGCCUGGAUUUACGGUGCUGACCGUUUCUAUGACAACAUUGAAGACAUGAUUGGCUAUCGGCCUGGACCUCUAAUCAAAUACUGCUGGAUGUUUUUCACGCCUGCAACCUGCUUUGGUACGUUUGCAUUCUCCCUCAUUAAGUACACACCUCUGAAGUACAACAAUGAGUAUGUGUACCCAUGGUGGGGCUACGCCGUGGGGUGGCUCCUGGCCCUCUCCUCCAUGGUCUGCAUCCCUCUCUGGGUCAUCUUCAAAAUCUGCACCAACAAGGGGACGUUAAGAGAGCGCCUCCAUUACCUGAUGCAGCCCUCCAGCGACCUGCCCAAAACCAAGAGGGAGCAGGAGAAGCUGCUGGCCAUCUUCGCCCCCGACAGCGACGGCCUGCGCCUGCGGCCGGAGCCCACCAAGGACGGCUACAUCCCGGUGCACGAGAGGGACUCCACCUGCUAGGGCCCCCGGCGCCAGUCAUCCAGAGCCGACCGACCAACCACCCGUCAGCCACCAACACGGCCCGCCGCCCACACCCCACACCCCCCCCCCCCACACUCCUCAGUACCUCACACACGACAAAGCCGAGCAAGCGACGAGGCAGCGAGAGCCGCCCGCAGCCCCGUCCUGCUCCCGGGAAGCCGCCUCUCAGAGCUGGUGACACCGGCACAGGCGACGGCUUUUGGUGCACUGAUUUACAUGUCAGCUGGAUCCACCGAGGAUCAGCCGGAACGCGGAGGGUGGAUGGCCAUCGUCCACGCUCGAACUCAAACCCUCCCUUUCCACAACCCCCC